AUGGACGAACAACAGGACCCUUCUGCAGCACUGAAUAGACUCUCAGCCAGUCUACCACAAAUCCACCAAAUCCACUCGAUAUGCCAGACCCCCUCGAUCACCUUUGGCGUGGCCCACCGUGGCCGUGUAAUCAUGAAGAAGAGUUUCGGCUACCGCGACAGCGAGCUGAGCCUCCCUGCAAACUCAAACACAAUAUACAUGCUGGGCUCUUGCUCGAAGAUGUUUACGGCCGCCGCAGUGGGGAUCCUGGUUGAAGAAGGGAAGCUGAGCUGGAGUGAUCGCAUACAACAGCAUCUACCGGAGUUUAACCCCGAGGGCGAUGCGCGCAUUGGGCAGGAUGCUGAUAUUAUUGAUAGUCUAAGACACACUACUGGUCUUGCAUCGCCUACCAUGCUUAAUGUGGGUCCGAGGGGGACUGUUGCCAGUGACGCGCAGGAUUUGAUUCCGAUUCUCAACGCAAUGCCUACUCGGAAUACAAGUGGCGAGCAGAGGUUUAACAAAGAGUGGCUGUAUAAUAAUGCCGCCGUGGGCCUGAUCGCUCUUAUCAUCGAGCGCGUAUCCGGCCAGCCGUUUGCUCAUUUCGUGAAAGAGAGGAUCCUGGAGCCGCUUGGGAUGAACAGGACAGUUAUGACUUAUGAUGACAUGGCUCAUGAUGAUAAUAUUGCUGCUCCAUGCACGAAGCUAAGUAACGGAGAGUACUAUCACCUGCCGGAUACUUCGUGGCCCUGCGACAACCACUCCCCGCUCCUCGCAGGCAUGGGCAUGCGAAGCACUAUAAACGACAUGCUCACCUGGUGUAUCGCAGUAAUGGAUGCUGAGCGCAGCGAAACAGACCCCAACUACACCCGCACCGUCCCUAACAACCCCCUUAAACAAAUCUCCCGCGUCCGCCGCGGAUACUGGUCCCUACCCGCAGACGACCCUGAAUUCAGCAAACCGGCCGCGUACGGAAUGGGCUGGUUCCGCGUCAACCUGCCAUCCUCAAAACUCAGCUCAUUCAGCGGGAAUGCACUGUCGCAGAGCAAAGAGCAUCAAGCUCACUUAAACUAUGUCCUCGGGAAGGAAUCUACACCUGCUCCGCUUACGGCCGUGGGCCAUACAGGUGGUAUGCGGGGAUCGAUAUUCUCCGUGUAUACGUUCCCGGAGACACAGAGCGCCGUGGUGACAGCUGCAAAUGGUCGGGACUUUGGUGAUGCAAGUGACUUUACAGCGCAGGUCUUGGUCCAGGCUCUCUUCAACCUGAGACCUACGGUGGAUUUACUGCCGUGGGUGAGGCAGGAGGCGGACUUGGCAGGGAGAUUCUACCGUGAUCAUAUUGAAGAGCCGUGGAUGAGAAAUCGGCGGGAGUAUGACACGGAGCGGGAUCGGAUGCUUUAUGUGGGUGACUACCGCGGCUUUAAUGAUCGGUUUACCCUAAGUAUCGUGGAGGCGAAGCCGCUGUCACUUGCUGUCGUGUUCAACCACCGUCUUGCCUCGCAAUGUCCGUUGAUAUUCUACCAGGCGGACGUGUACAGUUUCUUUCAGCCGAGCGAGGACUAUUUGAAAGCGCAGGCGAUUAUCGCCAGAAGUUAUGAGCAGAUGCUGCUUAAGUUCCUGGUUGAUGAGGGAGGUAGAGUGGCCGGUCUAUGGUGGAAGUGGGAUACGGACGUAGAAGCAGCCUGGUUCAAGAGGUUGUAA